CGGAGUGAACAGCUCCCCCUGACCACAAACUCCACAACACGGUCAGCUGAGGCAGUGUUUACAGUGUGGCCUUAUGGCACUUGGGGCUUACUCUCCCGGGUCCUAUGCCGCAAUCUGUUCAGAAGUGAUGUCAAAAUUCAGAUAAUGAGAGUAGACGAGUCCCUGUAAGAGUCCCUGCCCUGCCCUGCUGUGACAAUUGCUCUGCCACUUCCCCCAUCUGGUGCUGCAUGUUCCCACCCAGGUUUGUCCUGACUUCACUACCAUGGACAGCACAGCACACCACCGGCUCAAUCCGAAAAGACUUUACGUGUGGCUUCGAGCAGUAGUAAGGAUACUUUUCUGUUCCUUCAACAACUUAUAUUGCAUCCCAGUCCACUUUUGCUGGCUGCUGAUCUUGCAACCUCUCAAAUGGCUGUCACCCACCACUUACUGGCGGAUUGAAGGUGUUAUGUUCCGAUGGCUGCUGUCCAUGGUGGCUCUUUGGUCUUACAGCAAUGGUUACCAUGUCGUGGAGCGAGGUGAUGAUGUUUGGGACCUGAAAGACCAGCGGACAUUAGUGCUGUUCAACCACCAGUCCACCUCAGAUGUACCACUCAUCAUGGCAGCCUUCAACUCCCGCAUUCAGCUUUUCAACAACAUUAUGUGGAUAAUGGACCACAUCUUUAAGUACACAAACUUUGGCCUGGUAUCCUGGGCUCACGGAGAUUUCUUCAUUCAGGGUGGAAAAGAACAUAGAGAUUCCUCACUGGUGAAACUAGAAAACCAUCUGAGGAAUUUCUACAUUCCUCGCAUGAGGAAGUGGUUGGUGCUCUUUCCGGAAGGAGGUUUCCUCAAGAACCGCAAACCCUCAAGUCAAAGGUACGCCCUCAAGAACAAUCUGCCGGUCCUGGAGAAUGUGUCUCUGCCCCGUGUCGGGGCUCUUAAGGUCAUCCUUGACUCUGUAGCAGCAGACCAAAAUGAUGAAAAGACAGAUACCAUCAAGCAUUUGCUGGAUGUAACGAUAGCCUACCCAGGAGGUGACCCCUUGGACCUUCCUACAAUAUUUGGGGGCUGGAGACCACCUUGUGACACAAUUUUCCACUACCGGCGGUUUAACAUUGAAGAGGUACCCAAAGAAGAGGAAGCUCUCACUGAGUGGUUGUAUACCCGUUAUGUAGAAAAGGAAAAGAUUUUGCAGGAAUAUUAUGACACGGGGGUCUUUCCUGAGGCGCCAACACCCCAUGCUCCAGGUUACCUAGUGGAAAAAGUGCCCAGACUGAAUGGAGUCCAGGUGGUACAUGAUCCUCUGGAGUUUGUCUUGAGACAUUGCUUCUAUCUUGCCUCAACCUACAUCUGGGUGAACAUCAUUGCUUGGAUCUUCAGUUGGAUCUUCAGUCAGCUUUGGUGAUGCCCACAUCCAGGCUAUUAUAGUUUACACAAUUUGCUCAUUUCUUAUUCAUAAUGAAUAAGACAUGUGCUGCAUCAGUCUGUAGGGCAUUAGUGAAAUAAGACUUAAGAAAUUUAAUUGUUGAAGACAAUGAUAGACUAGAAGUUGCUUCCUCAGUGAGGCUACCAAGGGGCUUGAUAUAUCCUGACAGAACUGGUAUGUACAUUGGCCGAGUGUGUGCACAAUGUAGUGUGUUGAGCUGCUUUGUGUUGUGCAGCUGGGUAAAGCAUGCAGCCCCAGCAGGAUAUGUAGUGGCUGGCAGAAGCAACAGAUGGCUUGUAUCAUGUAGUUGCACUUGGGAAAAUAGAGCCUCUGCCUUCAAGUCUUGAGUUUUGUGCAAUGAUGAGGUGAAAACUAGCUUUUUGUCAUCUUUAGUUCUCCUCAAAUAAGAAAGGAGCAAUGCAUUUUUUAUUUCUGUAUGUAGAGCAAUAUAGCUUUAAAUAUUUUUACACACUCUUGUAUCACAUUCAUGGCAUCACUGCUGUGCAAUUCUAUUGUGACAAUACCAUAUUGAGAGAGAUAUUUGUGAAGACCUAAAUGGUUUUUAAUGUCACCAUCAUUGUCAGGCUUUGAGAAAUAACGUCUUACCAUAUCAAUACUAAUCAGGUUCCCAGUAUCCUUAUUUAGUUAACUAGUCUUGUUGUGUAGUCUGCCUUAUAGCUGGGAGCUUGAAUAUUGCAGCCAUAAAUUGAAGCUUUUCUGUUCCCUUUCUUGUAACACCUAAGUGUAAAUGUGUACCAGGUUAGUGAAGUCAUAAGAGUGAAUGUAGCUCACAAGUCAUUCUUGUUUUUCCUGUUAUUAUUUAUCCUUGUUAUUAUUGUUGUGCAAGGGCCAGUGUCAUGCCCUCUUACUUUCCAUUGAUAAAUUAUCGAUUUCAUGUCAUCAGUUUUGACUUGGAAGUCUUACAUCUUUUCCUUUUCAUUUCAUUUAAAAUAUUCCUCUACCUCAUGAUAACCUGGAGUAAAUUUGCCAGGUUUAUUUUAACUACUGUAAAUUGUGGCAUACAAGUUGACUUUGAAAGCCAGAAUUUUUUUUUUCAAAUUCUAGGACUAAAUUAUAAAGAGGGUUUGUGGAGGUUAACACUGAGCCAGGUUGUGCCACUUUCAUAAAGCCUGAAAUUCAAACCAUAUUCAGUCAUAACUGUUGUAUUGUGGUAACCCAUUGUCAUCAUCAUCAUUACUGUCAGUCAUCAUCUUCAUUAUUGUCAGUCAUCAUCAUCAAAAUCAUCAUCAUAAUCAUCACCACCAUCAUCACCACAUUAAUAUGUAAUUUCAUUUCUAGCAGCAAAUGUUAUAGUCAGGAGCAAAAGAAAGCAAUUCAUGCUGCAAAAUUAGUCAUAUCUUUAAUGAGAUCAUACAUACAUGUAGUCAAGACAUACAGUGUUUAUAUUUGUUCUUACCGUGGGAUCACACAUUUGAUGACAAAUUGGUGCUGAAAUUACUCUGCUAAAUGUGACAUCAUCAACAUCAAGAGUAUAAAUCACAAGAAGAAUAUUAUUGGUAACUGAGGACUUAGAUUUGACUUAUUUUUGCUUCGUGUGUGACUCAAAACAUCAACUUUCUAUUACCAGCCAUUAUUAGAUGUCUGAAGAUAAUGAUGGUCAAUAUAGAGUAAAUAAAUCUGUGUGAGACACUGUUGAGGUAAGGCGAAGCUAUCUAAUGCCUCUUCCAGACCAGGAGGCUUAUGGUGCAAGUAUUGUGACCAUUCAGUCAGUGACUGAAGUGUGGAUUGUUGAAGAGAAACUCACAUCUAUUGUGAUAACAUGUUUGCCAAAAAAUACAGCAAGGGUAAUAAUUUGCUUGUGUUGCCAAAUAUGAUAGUCAAACUCAACUGUGCCAAAUGUGUGGUCCCAUUCUUUUUGUAAGUAUGUACUUGAGGCUUAGGAGUUUGAAAUUAGUGUUAUAGUGUUCUUACUCAUAGGUGAUUAAAAAGGAUGAGUAGAAUAUGAAGUUCCAUAACCAAAAAAAAAAAAAAAAAAAAAAAAAAAGACUUUAGCUUUUGUCACUGAAGUAUGUGCCUAAUUAUCUAAUUGAAGUGAUCUCACAACCUCAAACAAUUUUAGAAAAUCGGAAAAAACAGAUAUGUACUGAUCUCUAGACUACAUGUAAUCACUCCUGCCAAAUUCUGGGUUCACAAUAUUUUCCAGCUCAGCUCAGCUCAGCCAUAUUGAUCCAUUGUUUUGGUGAUAUUCUCUUUGCCUUUCUUGGAGCACCAUCCUUGGAUACAAUACCAUCAAAAUAAUAUCCCUUGAUCUUGGAGUCUUGAAAUUAUCCUUUCAAUUUUAAUAUAACCUUCACAGUUUACUUGUAUUGCUUAAUGUUGUGCACUGAAAGUGCUAAACUGAUAACUUUCCAUUUGCUCUUUAGUCUUGUUUCUCAUGCAGAGAAAGAAUUUUCCUUGUAUGUUUGGCUUGCAUCAAUACCAUUCCAAUAGACACAUGUAUCAAUGCAAAUGCAGCAUCAGUCACCAAUAAAGGUGAAAAAUCUAAAAUCUGCCUCAAGUUUGUUUACACCAGCAAUCUAGAGCAGCAGUGGACAAAUGCAUAUUCAGUGAAUGCUAGACAUGCUGCCUGUAUCAAUGCCUUCUACAUGUAUCACUUUACAUGAUUAAAGUUUUUGUGGUCUUUUUAA